AUGCGGCUUCACACCUUCGGUUCUUUCAUCCAGCUGGGUGCCCUAGCAGGGGCCACAGACCUGGGCACGGUGUGGCCAAAUCAUGGUCUCACCGUCAAAACCACCAGCGGCAUCUACACAGGCUUGGUCAGCUCCUCGGCCCCAGACGUGAACCAGUGGCUCGGCAUUCCUUACGCUCAACCACCCGUCGGGGCCCGACGCUUCAUGCCUCCUGAGAAGGCGCCCAACUACGGCGUUGCCGAUGCCAAGGCCUACAAGCCCAUCUGUGUCCAAAUCAACGGUAACAGGACGGGCGUCUUCUGGGAGCUCCUCCCUGAGCUUCAGAACGACGACCCCCAGAGCGAGGAUUGCCUGUAUCUCAACAUCUGGAGUCCACGAAAGCCCGUGCAGAAGAAGGUGCCCGUCAUCAUAUGGGUGGUGGGCGGCGGGUUCAAGGAGGGCGGCGGUCAUGGGCCGACACAAACACAUAUUGUUGUCACCUUCAACUACCGUCUUAGCAUCUUCGGCUUCCCUAACUCGCCGGUCGCGAACAAGAACGCUGGGCUCAUGGAUAAUCGGCUUAUUACAGAGUGGCUUAGCGACAACAUUGCGGGAUUUGGAGGAGACCCAAACCGCAUGAUUCUCUACGGCCAGUCUGCAGGUGCCACCGCAGUCUUGACACAAGCAUAUGCGUACCCGGAGAAGCCCAUUGUCCGCGGCUUCAUCGCCUCCUCCCUCUUUCAUGACAUGGCACAGACGGCUGGGUGCACCAACCUCACGGCGACGGCGGAGCUCGAGUGCAUGCAAGGGAUCGACGCUCUGGUGCUGCAGCAGAAGGUCACUCAAGCCAGCCCGGAUCCCAACCGCGGCCUCUUCCGGCCCAUCGCUGACAACAUCACCGUCUUUGCAAACACAACCGAACGGCUCGAAAAGGGGAUGGUUGCUAAGCUGCCACUGAUCACGGGAUUCACGUACAAUGAGGCGGCUGCCUUUCUGCCUUUCGACAUCAAUGCCACAACGGCGCCGAAUGGGACUACUGCCCCAGGAGCUGGAGGGCUGGCAUGCGGUCGUGUACGGCCUGACGACUUACGCUACCUCUUCUCGGGCAACUUCACCAACAUCACGCCUCGGUACUGGCUUGGCGGCAUGCACAGCUCCGACAUCCCCCUUGUCUUCGGCACACACUACCAGUUCCGUGGCAACUCGACCGAACUAGAGUGGCAGACAGGCUACGCGAUGGAAGGUAAUACCUUAACCUCUCGCUCUCCCCCGUCUCGAUCACCACAAACGAACUGA